AAAACCAGCAGGAACAGAGGGGAGAGUGAGAUCUCCAUGGAUCUAGAUCUACCACAAUAACAACAACAACAAUAAUAAUCAAAAUAAUUUCACAUUUAUGACCAACAACAAGCUUUAUUGCAACUUCCUUUGGUCCAUCAAUAGCAUCAAUGAUAGAUUCAUCCUCAGAUCUAACUACAAGCCUCAUUGCAACUUCCUUUGGCCCCUCAAUUCCAAGGGACAACUGAACAAGCACUUUCGUGCCCAUGAACACGCCAGUUCGGAGAAGACAAAGAUGAGAGAGAAGAGAGAGAGCCAUAUCAGAAAUGGAAGAGAGAGAGGAUGUCAUCGCAUGGAUCUCGUCCCCUUCACCGCCACCGUCCGAUUUGCUUAGUGGAGGAAUGCGUACCGGAGGUUGGCGAUGAUGAUGGAGAUGGCGGCAAGUGAUGUUGAGAGAGGAAACGAUCUUAGUGAAAGAGGUUUGGCUCAGUGGAUGAGAGAGAGAGAGAGAGAGAGAGAGAGAGAGAAGAGAAGUGAAUGAGUGAAUAGGAAAAACAACAUAUAUAUAUAUAUGGGGAUUAUUUGGGGCGGGGUGAGGGAACCUAUCCUCGUUCCCGGCCCGAAAGUCUUCGGGGAUCUAUUUUUCAAUACCAGCCCCGACCCUAUGAGGAUAAUUUUUGGGAAAAAUCCGACUUAACAGGAUGGGGGCGGUCUGGGUCCCCGUCGAGCCGGGUUCAAAUUUCCAUCCCUAGAUGUAAGAUGACAUUCUAACAUGGACGCUAAUAGUCAAGGAAGCCGUGUACUACUCAGCUCAGCUCCAACUUCCCAACUCAAUGCCCAAAGUUGAGAAAAAAGAGAGAGUUGAGAACACAAUAAGAGAGAUGGGGUUUCAAGACUCCAUGAACACAAGAAUAGGAGGUUGGGGCAACAAAGGCUAGAAGAGGAAAGUGAGCAUUUGCAUAGAGAUUUUAACACGCCCGAAACUUCUCUUUCUUGACGAGCCGACAAGUGGGCUUGAUAUCACCGCGUCAUGCUAUGUCAUGAGCAGAAUUGUGAAACUUGCCAAGCAAGAUAGGAUGACAGUGAUAGCUUUCAUCCAUCAACCUAGCAGUGAAGUGUUUGGUCUCUUUCACAACCUUUGCCUCCUCUCUUUGGGCCAAACAAUAUACUUUGGUUCCCCUUGUGCAGCAAAUCAGGUUUUUGCAAUGAAUGGUUUUCCAUGCCCAAUGCUCCAAAAUCCAGCUGAUCACUAUUUGAGAAAAAUCAACACAGACUUUGAUGAGGAUAUUGAACAAGGUGAUGAUGCUGGAAAGAUGACAACUGAGGAAGUAAUUGAUGUUCUCGCUGAAUCUUACAAAUCAUCUGAUAUUUGCAAGCAGAUUUAUAGACAAGUAGCUGAGAUAUGUAGACGAGAUGGAGGAGUAAUAGAGAAGAAGGGAAGCCAAGCUAACUUCUUUACCCAGUGCCUUGUUCUCACAGAGAGGUCUUUAAUUAACAUGUACCGAGACCCAGGCUAUUACUGGUGGCGCCUUGCUAUAUACAUGGCAUUGGGUUCAGGUUUAGGCAAUGUGUUCUAUGAUGUUGGCCCUAGUUGUGGUUCAAUUCAUGUAAGUCUUGUGUCACAAACAUUUAACCAAAAGAAGCGGUUUUUCUCUAGAAAAAAGCUCAAGUGUACGGGAGAUUUUUACAAAAUGGGAUAUACAUGUGAAACCAAAGGUGGGGCCCACAUGUAUCCUACUUUAUGUGGGUCCUGCACAUUUGCCUCACAUCUGUGUUUUGUCGUGGGAAAUUUUGUGUGUUGUAGCAUAGCAGUUAUUUUUAGUCCAUUAGUCCAAUUUCUCAGACUAGAAUGUCCAGUUGAGGGGAUUGUGGGUCCAUUCUGAUUUCAUCUCAAUGAUCAAAUUGUUCAUCUUGUAA